AGUUACCGUUGGAUCUUUUGUCUGUUAUCAGUGUUUCAGUGUUAUCAGGCCGAGAACGUAACAUUUUGGUGAAGAUUAUUUUUUGAGAUGGCUUCUCGUCAUAUCCCCAACUAUUUCGCCCUUUGGCUGUGCAUCUUCAAAUUUUCAAUAUGCUUAGUUGAUGGAGAAGUUGAGUCAUUUAUUGACGUUGAAGUCGAGCCCAUGGAACUUGGUGAUGGCGACUAUAUGUCAAAACGCACCGGUCCAUGUGAUGGUGACAGCAUUGUUAUUGGAUCUUUUUCUCCAUUCAUCAAUCCGACAGCUGACUAUAGAGCGAAAAAUACCAUGGUUUACGAACCAGCAUACAAGUGUGUGAAAAAUUUGGGGCUUUAUGGCCGUCAUCGUCAGGAUUUCGAAACUAAGAUUAGAAAACGAACAGGUGAUCCAACGACUGUGUUAACGAACGAUGGCCCAAUGGAAAACGUACCUUUCACUGAUUAUUUCAUUUAUGUCGCACAAGAAGUGUGGGUCUGCUCUGAAAGUGGAAAUAGGGGUUCAACUUUCUACAUAGUGAGAAAUGAACUAUUCAGCAUGAAAGACAUCCGCGAGGUUCACUUCGGACUGGGAGUUUCAGUUUCAGUGAUGAAGCAUCAUUUGACGUUUGGAAAACGAGUGAAAAUCGAGGAAAUCAAGUACUUUUUGUACGACGAAGAAAAUCAAGCACUGACCAAAACCUCGAAAAUAUUGAUCAAGUCUUACCAAAUUCAAGAGGACACUGAACAGAUUUCUAUACCCAACCAGUCAAAUAAGUUUGACCGAUCAACGAUAAAUUCAGAAAAUCCAGCAAUGGAACACUUUGAGGUUUCUUCCCUGGGAGAAUCAUACAAGAUUGGAUCAAGUUGGAAGAAGAUAGCUGAUCACUCCCAACCAACUAAUAUUGAAAUCAGGUGUAAGAAGAUUCCAUAUUUGAAUCCAGCAUCUUUCAGACCAGAGGUUUACAAAGUCCAUGAUAGACUUUCUGAAGAAACAGAAUACCAUCAUAAAAUCUUUGCAAAAAUCAGUGAUGAGAAAUUUGAAAAAUUGUUCACAAUUGUUCAGAGGAGCAUUUGGAGGUGUGUUCACUACGCCAAAGCAACCAAAACGAAGGAUCCGCAUAUCACCCGAGACCCUGCGUUUUACCGUGUGGUACAUGAGGUGAUUGGCAAGAAGUCUAUUAAGGAUGUCCUAUUCUUUCCUAGAGACAUACAUUACGUUUACGCUGUUAAACUAAUAAAUGGUGAAAAUACGUUAAGGUAUAAGGAUGUUAGCUACUAUUAUUGUCAUAACUGGAAACGUAUGGACAAAUCAGAUGUCCAAAUUAACUUGCAUAGAGAAGAAUCUGAAUUUGUUGGAAUUGAAUACGAAGGGAGAAAAGACAAGCGAAAUGUGAAGGAAGUUUACUACCAUUUGGGCAUCGAAAACGUUUUCAGUACAUUUAUUCAUGAUUACGGCUAUAACCUGAGAGUGGGCACACCAACUACAACUACUGUGGUUGAGAAAAGAAAUGCAGAAUGCAAAAAAAUUGACUACGGAAAAAUGGAAGAUAUUUUCCAAACCCAUGUGACAAUUUUGAUGAAUAAGAAUGGUGUUCUUCAUUCACAAGAAACUAUUCACGGGGAUUAUCGGCAGAUUUUUUUUAAAUAUACGAAACAAGAGGCUUUCUUGUGCACAUCUGCUGCUACGAGUAUCUACAGAGUUGUAAAUGAACUUUCAUUUAAAAUGCCAGUCAGUGAAAUCCAAACUUUUGAUGGCGUAGGAAUAUCUACUCAGAGAACACUUGACAAGGACUAUUCAAAAUUGUUUGUGGACAUAACUGAGGUUAAAUACAUAGACUCAUCAACAAAACGUGCAGUGAAAUAUGUGGGACAAUUGAUCUUUCAGGAAUAUGUUCCACUUUACGACAACUCAAUCAAAACGACUAAGAAACGAGUGUUCACAACCGAAGAUGAAAUUAUCCGCCUCAUUGAUUUGCCCAAGACACGGGAGGAGUUCAGGGAAUCUUAUUGGAGCCCAAACCUAUCUAAUAGCUUGGUGACUUUUGGAGGAGGGAUAAAUACUUUGACAUUCCACAACAAUGUAAAGGUUAAAUCAAAGGAUCUUGAAACUGUUUUUUUUUGUAAAUUGUCGAAAAAUCGCUCACAAAUCAAACCCCUUGCUAUAUUUUCAAUAUCCGACCGAGAUGGAAAAGAAUUGGCGGCGAUGGCAAAUCAAACCGAUUCGGAGACAAACUCGAAAUACUUUGAGGGUUUGGAAACAGAAAUUUGGACUUGUAAUCUGAAACAACAACAAGAAGAGAAAACAGAUGAAGAAGGAAAAACACAAAAUGAAAGAGGAAUGGGAAAAGAAGGAAAAACAGAAAAUAAAGUUUCCAAUGGGGAGUUGAUAAGAGUGGUGAACAAGCAGAAAAUAAAAGAAUCAGCUCCAGGAAGUGUCGGAAUGAUAUCCUAUGGAGCAAUGGAUGAAGUAUGGAUCGCAGCCGAUAAAGGGGAUGAGUUCACAACAAAUGCAAAGAAUGUCAGAUACUACACGGAAAAUGAAAAUAAGGAACUGAAUCUGGUUGAACUGAAAGGGUAUCGUGUACUUGAGAAGAAGUCCAAAAAACUCUCAGAGACCUGGAUGAGUGGAAAACGAGAGCUUAUUAACGAUUUCGAUAGACCCAAAAGAACCAAACCAACCCGUAUCUAUAAGAGUCUACAACCAACACUCAGAAUGUAUAAGAAAAUUUUUGAUCCAGCUGGGAAAUUGAAUCUUGUGAUUGGCUCACAUUGGAAAAAAGUGUUUGGGAAGAAAUAUAUGUUAAUAUUAUGCAACAGAACUACGACAAAGGGCACAAUAAUCAAUAAAUACAAGCCAGAACUAAGGACUGAUGGGUUGCUGGCUCAAUCAGUCGAUUCUUAUAUUGAUAAGCUGUCUCAAGAAGUAUGGGAAUGUAGGGAUGAGGAUGAUAGCACAGAAAGAAUUCGGAGAGUUGUUAAUAGGUUUAAAAUAGACUAUAACCGAAUUGUGGAAAUAUCUUUGAAAAACCUAUACUUUUUUGAUGGGAUUGCAGUCAGUUAUGGAAAUUAUUCUGACCGUGGAUCAUUUAUAUCAACAUUGGAAAUAGGGGAAGUGAAAUAUCUAAGUUUGAAUGACGAUACUGUUCUCAAGUAUGAGGGAAUGACAAAACUAGAAGGAAGUAAUGGUUUUCAGUACGCAACUCACCUACCGAACACCGAAUUGCUAGCUAGCGAGAUAGAGAGGAGAGACUUUUUGUUCCAUGACGUACUUGCCGAAGAUGAAUUGUUCAAAACUGACAUUACCACCACAGGCAUGAUAAUUGAAGUUGGCGAAAAGCUUCCAGCAGACGCUGAACUUUCUCUCGAUUAUCUGAAGCAGUGCAUUUUUCAGGAGCCAGGGGAAACACCAUUAAAUAGAGAUAGCACACAAGAAACAUGGCUGCUGAAAAGGGAAUAUGUGCCGAGAAUCUUCUACUAUAGAGAGGAUACUGAACAGAACAUUUUCAAACGCACAGAGGUGCCAUUGGAGUCGUUUGUCGAUUGGUUCAUACCAUUUACUAAAACUGAGGAAACUGGGAUGGUUUAUAACCGAAAUGGUGAACAACUUACAUGGAUUUGUCAAAGUCUGGAGGGUGUUAAAUACACAAAAGUGUUGACUAGACUCGUAUUUCUGAGCACAAUUGAUGUGGCAGCCGUCUAUCAUUAUAAUGGUGUAAUCAUUAAUACAUUCCCGAGCCCGCAUGAAGAGGGAAAAACUGCUAUUGAAAUAAUGGAGAUUAAAUAUUAUAAGCAUGAUGUUAGCGGAAAUUCUACGAAAUUGGUGAAAUUUGAUGGAUUUGUGAGCUAUGUGGAAAGAUCUCAACCAGGAGAAAGAUCUUCUUAUUACACUGGACACGAGGUCCGCUAUUAUCUGGAUACGCCAAUAUUGCACUUCAAAGAAGGUCUUCACGUGGAAAGAGGAGUUGCCAUCGAGCUUGGCUCUCAACCUGAAGAAACAUUCGAUAAUCUUGGAAGGGAUGAAGUCAUUUGCAAAGAAAUUGCGGACCAUCAACUGAAGAAUAUCUAUGCGACAAAGAUGUUCACCAAUUUUCUAGACGCGCCAGCACCUCAAGCGGAACCAGCAAACUCGCAAACAAGUUCAACAUCUCUACCUACCACUACUACAGUACCAGCUACAAGUGUGAGACAAAUGCAGUGGGCUGCGAUAAAGGAAGACUUCGAUAGUCACUUCUACAAACGGUCUCAAAAACUGUGGAAUUGUACGAGGGACACGAAACACAUUUUCCAUGCAGUGAUGAAUGUAAUGGUGUUGACGGCUGAGUUGCACGUGGCUCGGGCAUUCCACAGGGAAGGAGUCAAGGUGGACAUUGUCACAUUGCCUGAUAAGCAAAAGGUCAUCGAGACAACAGAACUGAAAUUCUUCACUGUUGAUGAGCAAUCUGAUAUCAAAAUUGUUUCAUAUGCUCCACAACGUUGCCAGAACGAUUUUUACAAUGUAGAAAUAUAAUCGAGGAGUUUGAUGGAAGAAGGGACAAUGUGCAAAAACCAUGAUUAGAGAAAAACGC